CGUUACAUACUCUUGGACUGGUGUUUGGUUCCAAAUUAGUCGAAGACUGCACACGAGGUACGAAAAUGGCUCUCAAAUUCAUCGUUGCAGUUGUUUUCUUUAGCUGUCUGUUUUCAGCUCUGGAGAGUCGCUCCGUCAGCAAGGGAGCAGUUUCACGGAGGUCUGCCUCUUGCAAUGGAGAUGAAGUUAUCUAUCACAACAUCACAUAUCCAGUUGAGAGCGCUAGUUGCACAGCCUGUAUUUGUUCCGAUGGAUCUGUGGGUGAAUGUCAUUACCACCAUUGUGACAAAGGCCUGGCUUGUGAUAAUGAUGGUGAUACCUGGGCCAAGCGUGUAAACUCCGAAACCUGCUAUGAUUGUACUUGUAAAGAUUCGUCAGUUCACUGCGAUCUAAUCUAUUGCGCAGAGUGCGAUGGGAUCUCUGAACCAGUUCCUGGAAGAUGUUGCCCCAAGUGCACUCCAACAGUUCAACCGCCAACAGAGCCUGUCUUCUUCACGAUACCGCUGAUCACAACCAGGCCUGAGCCAGAAUUUCCAUUUCCAUUCCCAUUUGGUAAGAAGCGUGACAUGAUGUCACGGAUUGAUAACAACGCACGUGAUGAGAAGAUGAAUUGACCACAUGAGAAGAAAGAAUUUUCAAGAUCUACCAAGAAGAAGGCACCUAGACAAAGUCGCGAGCAAUAUUGAAAAGAAAAUGGAUUGGACUUUUGAUUGUGUAGUUGUAACUUAGUGAUUCUUUAUUA